AUGGGCAAGAAAAGGGAUGCUGAGCAGCCUCCGGCUGCCAAGGAAGAACCCCAGGAGGCCACAGAGGGCGAGGACGGCGACGGCGAGGGUGUCACCCCGGUCUCGUGGCAGGUUGUUCCCGCAGAGGCAUCGCAGGAAAGUGCAGCAGCCAAGAAACGAAAGCUGGUUCUUAUCUGCUUCUUUUGCGGUGUCUCCAGCUCACAGGCCAAAGUGGCUUUCAUCGAUGUGAAGUUUUACCAGAAGCCAAUGCCAGAGUAUUACCUGGAGGUGCAUCAGGCCGCUUAUCAUGCAAAGGCUGGCUUUGUGUCAGAUCCGACAUUUUACAUUGAGUUUGACGAGAGCUUGAAGGUGCUUAAAGUCAAGGCGGCUAACGGUCAGCUGCGCCCCUACUUCAACCCUCUGGCGCAUGUCUUCACAGGAGCUUCUUUUGGCUAUCGGAUUUCCCAGACCUACUUGUGCUUGACCGUUGAGGAGUACGGCAAACUCUUGAAGCACCAGCCGGAGCACAUCCAGAGGUCUCCGGUGUCCUUGCCUUUCAAAAGCCCCAACGAUCUGUCCAAGUACGUCCUCAUAGACAUGGCCGAGCUCAAGCAUAGCCAGAUUGCUGGCUACAGGACUGUGGAAAUCUAUUCCGACCACAAUACGAACAUGGAGCAAUCCUCCCUCACACCGGAGUCGCAACUUCACCGGAAUCAGGGGAAGCACUUGUUCAGCCACCUCGUGGGUUCUGUUUGGCAAAGCAGGCCGAAGGAGGUUCGCCCAACAGCUGUCAGGCCAAGCACGUUACAGGGUCUUCGAGUGCUUCAUAGCCAGCAGGAGGAGGCAGACGAAGCGGCUCGCAAGGCCAAAGCGGCGAAAGCCUCCUCCUCGUCGCAGCCGGCUCAGCCCAUCAAGAUCGAAAUCGAUAGUGAGAAGAACCCUGCUGACAUGGCAGCAAUUCAAGUGAUGGCGAUAGGCAUCGACCUGAAUGCCGCAGGUGACGGCUUGAAGAAGCCCCCCACCUCCCGAGCCCGGCGCAAGACUUCGGGGGCCACUUUGGCAGCGGCACUUCAAGACUUUGCUCCUGAUGCAAACAAGGCCGAGGUGAAGAACGAACCCUCCAAGGCCGUGAAGCUUGAGGCUGGUCAGUCUGAGAAGGCAGGUGACCAGCAGUCUUCUACGGGGAAGGCAACCGCUCGCCAGAGAUAUCUGGCAUCGCUGGAUGAUGAUAUGCGGGUGGUUGCUGAGAAGCACUAUGCCGUGAACCCGCACACCAUGACCAAGAGCCUGGAGGGCCUGGUACCAUCCGCGUACAUCGACUUGAACGCUGACACCAAGGGCUUGAACAACAUCAUCAACGGUGUCGAGUCCUCAGUUUGUGACAGUUUGAGGAUGAGUGCAAAGCGCAUCCUGGACAACCUCAAGAAAGCGAAGGAUGCACAGGUUGCAUGUGAGUUGUUGGACGAGCGCAUCACAUUGUGUGAUGCCCUCGCCCAGCUCCUUGGCUGGGUCUCGGGUGCAAUCAGUUUGCGAUUGGUGAUGUUGCAGCGAUGUGUGCGGAUUUCAUCCAGCAUGUGGGAGCAGUUCCCCUGGGUGCUGCAGAUCCGCAUUUGUGCUCGGUAUGCAGGCGAGUCUUUCGCGGACUCCUGUGUGCAGAUGUGUGCAGCGAAGGCUGCUCAGUCGUCCAAGAGCAAGACGGAUGAGACGGACCCCAUGAAUGGGAUCAAAGCCACAAUGCGGCAUUUGACAUGGGAUGAUCCUUUGGAUGGUGGUGAGCUGGAGUACAAGUUCAGUGGCACCGACCCUCUGCUCCAGCACGUCGUGGCCGGCUUGCUGCAGGAAUUGGACCAGGCUGAGCUUGACAAUGCGACGAGGGUGCUCGGAGAGGAUGACGAUGAGCCCUCAGACCAGCUUGUUGAGAUCGUGAAGAGCAUCCAGGACAGGGCCGUCACAGUGAACAAGUUGCAUGUUACAUUGAAACAAGUUGAGGCGGUUGAUGCUUCACGGAGUGCUAGUGAUAUGUUCGCCGUUGAUUGCUCCGUGAUGCAGACUCAGUUUGGGUGCAUGCUCGGCCCAGAUCUCCGACGUGUGCACGUGUGUGCUGUCAGCGAUGGAAAGUUGGCAGCCAUGGCGAUGUGCUUCUUGAUCUUGCUUGGAGAGAACAAGCCGGAGCUGUUCGCAGACGGAAACCCAACACGCCAUGUUUUCCAGUUCACAGAGUACAAGGGCAAGGACAUCUUCCGCCGAAGCAUCAGAACGGUGUUGCAAAAGGAGGUUUGGGCAGCUGAGAUUGUGGCCUUGACGGUCACGGCAGGCAGUGCGGAGUUGCUGAGGCCGAAGAUGGAACGACUCUCGAGUGUGUUGAAGGAUACCUUGACCUGGGACGAUGCCAGCCUGUCGGCGAUUUCGCCCGAGCUCAUCCAGGAGGUGGCAGACCACUUCUAUGAGUUGAAGGCUGGGAUUCGUGAGGUCCAGUUUCGGGUCUUGAAGCAGCAGGUUGCAGCUCUGUGCUGCAACGUGGCCAAAGCUUUCGUGAAAGGUGAUGGGUCAACAGGUGCAAGCAAGACUGUGGACACCGUGUGGAAGCUCUUGGCUGACUUGUCAGACCUCCCUAGCGUUUUGUCAGUGCUCGAGGACUUCAAGAAGUGGGCCACUGCCGUCAAAAGCACGAGCAACUUGCAGGGGCUGUUGGAGUACUGGACGAGUGCAUCCGCAGACAACCUCGACUUCGGCAAGGCGAUGGAGAUGCUGCCCGAGACCGUUCCCAUCCUUGAUAGUGCUUCGAGGGCCACCUUCCAGGAUGCUGGUUCCCACUUCCUGCUCUGUGCGCUCCAGCACAUCGUGGAUCAGGCGAAUCGGGCUUUGCAAGGAGUCAAGCUAGACGCCGACCAAGUUCGGCUGGCGCAAAAGGGGGCAUUGGCCACGGCCAAGCUGGUGUUUGGCCCGUCUGGCUCUGGCGAUGGGAGCUCCUUCGAUGCCAGCAUGUUGAAGUUCAUGCAGACGACGCUCCACUUGCUGCAGGUCUACAGCAACUUUGCCAGCGGCAUCGGGAAGCUUGGUCAGUGGACUACUGAUGAUCGCACAGCCAGGUACCAACAGCAGCUGAAGUCGUUGAAAGGGCUCCUCGAGAAGUUGUCAACGUUGUAUGACACCGCCUCCAAGAUCCACGAGGACCAGCUCAAGCCGAGUGCGGAUGAUGUGGCAUGUGACUUUGGGGAUGAUUUGCUCCGGCUCAUCAGCUGGCUCGGGGAGUCAGGCAGCUCAAAGUUGAAGUAUGCCGGCAACGAGGUGUACAACAUGCACAUGCUUGAGAAGAUCACCGAGCUCGCCAAGGACUUGCGGGACAAGGGUGCAGCCAUCAAGGAGCUUUGCAAGGGCUUCGAGAAGUCUGGUGCCAAUUUCUGGCGGAAGGGCUUGGACUCCUCUAAAGUCAACGAGCUUGUGGAGCCUUGCAAAGUGCUCAUGCAAGCUGUGGAUGGGAAGAAGCUUCGCACAGCCUGUUGCGUGUUUGCUGAGGCGCUGAGCACGUGCAAAUCGGAGCACGAGCUCUAUGGACGAGGUGCUGGCCUCACAUCCGAAUGCUCGGAGAAGUUCCAGGCCCUGAUCGCGGAGGCUGACAAGCUUGCGGAGGACUCUGCAAAGCCUGGCAGGCUGCUCGUGGUUGAAUCCUUCAUGAUGACCGCCAUCUUGAAGAUGACUUUGAUCAAUGAGACGCCAGAGCAGAACCGCACGGAAGGCGACAGGGAGGCACAGAAGUCCAUGAAGCAGGUGCUGUUGCAAGAGCAGGCCUUUGUCUGGCAGAACACGCUUGGCAUCACGGAGGGCGACAUCCAUAAGCACAUGCUUGAGUCCGCGAAGAAGCUGGUGGGGUGA